AUGCCGCAUUCUAAAUCAGCUACAUGCUUGUUCAACAUAAUUCAGAAAUCCAAAGAGCCACUUAGGGAAUACAUUCGGCGUUUCAACAUGGAAAGGUUGCAGAUCCCUGAUUUGGAUUCCUCCGUACAGUUGAUAGCAGCCAAGAAAGGCGUUAGGCACAAAAGGUUGAAAUGGGAGCUAGAACUCCACCCUCUAGCUACCAUGGAAAAAUUCCUCACCAUCGCCCACGAAUACAUUAGGACGAAAGAAGCAGUAGGUGGGGAAACUCAGAUUACAGGAAAAAGAGAUGAUGCUGCUGGUUCUUCUUCCUCUUCAGAUUUAGCAACACCUUUUGCAUUUGGAUCAAGACGACAUGUCAACCCCGAGAGAGCAUCCAAUCCGGGGCUAAUUUAUGAUCUCGGCACUGCGGACUACCUGAACUACCUGUGCAUUCAGGAGCUCGAUACGGAUAUCUACGUUUUCAGGACUCGUGAUGGGUCCGGGAGGAUUAAACUGGUCGAACAUGGCGGUUGGCCAUGUUGGCUUGAUGAUUUUACCUUGUAUUUUCACCGAAAAAGCGAUGAUGGUUGGUGGAGUGUCUACAGAGCGAUUCUUCCUCGACAGAGAACGAUUCCGUCGAUUCGUGCUGGGUCGGUGGUAGUAGAACGAGUCACACCACCGGGUGUCCAUGCUUUCACGCCAGCUGCUUCACCUGGGAACAAGAGUUUCAUCGCUCUGGCCACGAGGAGACCCACUUCCGAUUUCCGCCAUAUCGAGCUGCUCGACCUUGUUCGCAAUGAGUUUAGAGAGGUCACUCGACCUGUUUCGCCACAAGCCCACCACUUCAACCCAUUCCUGUCCUACGAUUCGACCCGAGUGGGUUACCACAGAUGCAGAGGCAGCAACAAUGGAGGAACAAGAAGCCCGCUUUUACUCGAAAAUCUACCAAGUCCAGCACCAGAGAUCUCCCUCUUCAGGAUCGACGGGUCUUUUCCAUCAUUCUCCCCGGACGGAAACAGAAUCGCCUAUGCCGGAUUUCCAGGCGUUUACGUGGUGAAUCGCGAUGGCUCCGGCAAGCGUGAAGUCUUCCCCGGCACCGCCUUCGCCACUGCUUGGGACUGGAAACGAAAAGGGGUGAUCUACACCAGUGCCGGCCCGACCUUCGCCGAGGAAAGCACAGAAGUUGAUGUAAUCUCCAUCACCGUCGACGGUGACGAAAUGGGUCAAUACAAGAAACUAACGAUCGGAGGCCAAAACAAUGCUUUUCCGUCACCGUCUCCGGACGGGAAGUGGGUGGUGUUCAGGUCAGGCCGCUCCGGUCACAAGAACCUAUACGUGAUGGACGCUUUAGAAGGGGAGAGAGCUGGGGUCCGCAGRCUCACAGAGGGGCCAUGGACGGACACGAUGUGCAACUGGUCUCCAGAUGGUGAGUGGAUCGCCUUUGCGUCGGACCGGGACAACCCGGGCGGAGGCAGCUUCGCAAUCUACUUUAUACAUCCCAACGGGACCGGGCUCAAGAAGGUGGUCCAUAGCGGUGAAGGCGGUCGGACCAACCACCCAUGGUUCAGUCCGGACGGGAAGAGCCUUGUGUUUACGUCCGACUAUGCGGCGGUAUCGGCUGAGCCCAUAGCGAACCCGCAUCACUAUCAGCCGUACGGUGAUAUCUUCAUAGCUAGAUCGGACGGCUCGGGCAUCCGCAGGCUGACGCAUAACUCAUACGAGGAUGGUACGCCAUCUUGGGGGCCCAUGUUCAUGAGGCCCAUUGAUGUGGUGGAGUCCCCGUUCGGUGGGCCGCGGUGCUCGUUUGAUGAUUGUCAUUGGCUGGGCCUGAGACCUGACAAUAAGGCUGGGAACCUGGGCUGUCAAACUCGGACUCAACAAGCCUCAGCAUAGUGAAACAGCAUUAGGGCAAUAUAUACAUUUACUGUAGCAAAAUAGUAUGUUGUAUGCACGUGUGAUACCGUGUAGGUUAUAAUUGCUUUUCGAGAAGUUACUUAUCCAGCUAAAUGCAUUUAUCUAUGUAAGUGUUUCCUGAAAAAUAUAUUCGAGUGAGUGCAUUUUUCCACGUUC